ACGCCAUGGCGGGGUGGGUGCAAGAUGCCGCUGCUGGUUCAGGUGUUUAACUUACAGGGGGACGUGGAGCCCAUGCAGAUCGACGUGGACCCCCAGGAAGACCCGCAGAAUGCACCCGAUGUCAACUACGUGGUGGAGAACCCCACCCUGGAUCUGGAGCAGUAUGCAGCCAGCUACAGCGGCCUGAUGCGAAUCGAGCGGCUGCAGUUCAUUGCUGAUCACUGCCCCAAGCUUCGGAUGGAGGCCCUGAAGAUGGCCCUCUCCUUCGUGCAAAGAACCUUCAACGUCGACAUGUAUGAGGAGAUCCACCGCAAGCUCUCAGAGGCCACCAGGGAGCUGCAGAACGCACCUGACGCCAUCCCCGAGAGUGGCGUGGAACCCCCAACCCUGGACACAGCCUGGGAGGCCACGCGGAAGAAGGCCCUGCUGAAGCUGGAGAAGCUAGACACGGACCUGAAGAACGACAAGGGCAACUCCAUCAAGGAGAGCAUCUGGCGUGGUCACGACGAUCUGGGCGACCACUACCUGGACUGCGGGGACCUCACCAAUGCCCUCAAAUGCUACUCCCCCCGGGGCUACUGCAUCAGCGCCAAGCACGUCAUCAAGGUCAGCGUCUACUUGCAGAAUUGGUCUCACGUGCUGAGCUACGUCAGCAAGGCCGAGUCCACCCCAGAGAUUGCUGAGCAGCGAGGAGAGCGAGACAGCCAGACCCAGGCCAUCCUCACCAAGCUCAAGUGUGCCGCAGGCUUGGCAGAGUUCGCCGCAAAGAAGUACAAGCAGGCUGCCAAGUGCUUCCUGCUGGCUUUCUUUGAUCAUUGUGACUUCCCUGAGCUGCUGUCCCCCCGCAAUGUGGCUGUCUAUGGUGGCCUGUGUGCCUUGGCCACCUUUGACUGUCAGGAGCUGCCGCGCAAUGUCAUCUACAACAGCUCCUUCAAGUUCUUCUUGGAGCUGGAGCCGCAGGUUCGAGACAUCAUCUUCAAAUUCUAUGAGUCCAAGUAUGACUCGUGCCUCAAGAUCCUCGUGCCUCAGGAUGAGAUGAAGGACAACCUGCUCCUGGACAUGUAUCUGGCCCCCCACGUCAGGACCUUGUACACCCAGAUUCGCAGCCCUGCCCUCAUUCAGUAUUUCAGCCCUUACUUGUCGGCCGACAUGCACAGGAUAGCGGCAGCCUUCAACACCACCGUGGCUGCCCUGGAGGACGAGCUGACACAGCUAAUCCUGGAGGGACUGAUCAGUGACCGUGUGGACUCCCACAGUAAGAUCCUGUACGCCUGGGACGUGCACAGCACCACCUUUGAGAAGUCUCUGCUGAUGGGCAAGGAGUUCCAGCGCCACGCCAAGGCCAUGAUGCUGCGGGCAGCCGUGCUCCGCAGCCAGAUCCAUGUCAAGUCCCCACCCAGAAAAGGGAGCCAGGGGGAGCUGACUCUAGCCAACAGCCAGUCCCGGCUGAGCACCAACAUGUGAGGGGUGGCGCUUGGCCUCCAGGACAUCUGCACCCCGCCCCCACCCCAUGGACCUGCUC